ACGAGUGACAGCAGGCACUUUGCUGGCUCUGGGCUGCCUCGGGGAAAUUUUAUAUUGUUUGUAUCCGUUUUUGUAAAGAUUUAAUACCAUGUUUCCUAGAAACUUUUAAUACUUUGAUACACAGCUUUUGACAUUUUCUAACAACGACACCUGGCAAGGAUUGGCUGUAGCUUGCCAGCUUGGAAACACUGGAUAUUUUUUUCCCUCCUCUUUCGGCAAAGGGCAGCGAAGACAACGAACAAGAUAAUAACACGACGGGUUUUUUUUAAGUAUCACUCAGUGUAGUAAUAACCGACGCACUGUCUUCCCUACACUUAAAAGCGACCUGUCUUUGCUGCUGCUCGCGAAGCUAACAUUAAAUUGACGAGAGCCCAGCUAACGUUAACGGCAGCCAGCCUCAGGAGAGAUGACGGCUGUUCAGCUAAUGAAUAUCCAACGGUUAUUGGAGGCUGCGGAAUAUCUAGAAAGGAGAGAAAGAGAGUGUGAACACGGAUAUGCUUCGACAUUUCCGUCAAGUCAGAACACAAACUACCAGAGGCAAAGAAAAUUCCGAAAUAAGAAGUUCAGCAGUAACCACAAUAGGUCCACACACAAUGAGCUGGAGAAGAAUAGACGAGCUCACCUGCGGCUGUGUCUCGAGAGGUUGAAGGCCCUCAUACCCCUGGGACCCGACUGCAACCGCCACACCACCCUGGGCCUGCUCAACAAAGCCAAAGCACACAUAAAGAAACUUGAAGAGACAGACAGGAAGAGCCAGUACCAGCUGGAGUCUCUGGAGCGGGAGCAGAGGCACCUCCAGCGCCAGCUGGAGCUGCUGCGGGGAGGCAGCGGUGCUGCAGCCCAGAGCAGCCCAGGGGAGGGGGAGAGGAUACGCAUGGACAGUGUGGGCUCCACCCUCUGCUCCGACCGCUCUGACUCUGACCAAGAAGAGAUCGAGGUGGACGUGGAAAGCACGGAGUUCUCCCAUGGAGAGCUGGACAGUGUGAGCACAGCCAGCACCAGCGACCUGGACGACCACAGCAGCUUGCAGAGCAUGGCCAGCGACGAGGGCUACUCCUCCUGCAGUGUCAAACUUGCCUUCUCCUCCUAGAGCCCCGCACCACUACCGCCACCACCACCUCCCCGCCAAACCCGCCUGCCCUCCAAUCUGGUCGUCCAUCCAGCCAUGCCUCCACCCUAAGACGACAGCCACGCCCCCCAGCUAAUGGCGUCCCUGUCGCUCCUGCCUCUCAGCAGCUCCUUAAGUUACCCCCCCCCACCCCCACCCCACCCUCCUCCUGCGCUGCUGAAUCCACUGUGGGAGGACCUCCACCGAGAGCUUUUUCUCAUUUCUGGACUUUGAGCUGCCCCGAACCAACACCGACACCAGGGACCCAAACACAGUGAUGUGAAACUGCCUAUUGGUUUUAAUCUUCUUUUAAAGGGAGAUCAGACUUGGCUGAUAUGAAAAAUGAACAUCUUCAAUUUUAAACCCACACAGUUGAAAUAAUUGUUUCCUUUACUCAAACUGUCAAUUGUUUGAAUUUCUUAAGGCUACACAACCCCUAAUUUAAUCCAAAAUGCACUUAAAUUCAUAUAGAAAUAAUUCAGAGUUUCUGUUGGGUGCUGUCUCCUUUGGUGUAUGUGUGUGUGUGUGUGUGU